AUGGCUCGCCCAGGACGUCUGCUUGUGCUGGUGGCAGCGGCAGUGCUGGUGGGUUUGAGGUACUGCUUCGUGCCCAGCAGCAGUGAUCUGCCCAAGGCUCGAAAUGGCGUCGACUUUAACCCUGCUGUGGCCGCGUCCGCUGCUCUGCCAGUGUUGACCAUGUUGGCAGAAGAUGCAGAGGCUAAAUAUGGUGACAACCGCAAGUGGUCGGCCGUGCUGGUGCCUUUGACCACCUUGGUGUUCCCCAUCACCGCCUUUGGCGUCUUUGUUCUCUACUCCUUCACCGAGGACGCCUUCUGGCGCUCGCCGGCAAACCCGGGCACACCCAAGGCCAAGGCUGCGGAGAAGGCUUGGAGGGAGCAUCCUCUCUUCGCUGACAUCAAGGACCCCAUGUUCGGCCUGCUGAACCCGGAUGACUAUGAGAAGGGCCUGGAGGAGGCCUGGGAGCGUGCCAAGCCUGCGGGCAGCACUGUCACAGUGAAGGAGAAGUUGGCGAAGCUCUCGAAGCAGAACGCGCCACACUGGGAGACUUGGAACAAGGUUUCCUCCGCCUAG